UCGGCGUGCCUGAGCGAGUGAUGGGAGACGGGGGGAAAAAGCUCCGCAGGGUCCUAAAUCUGUGCGUCACACCAUUAAUCCGGGCGUUAAGUCUCUCACUCCGAGGUCCAAAGGCAAGACUCAAAAGGAAACAUUCGGCGUCUCAUUAUCCGCCGCAGUCUGACGCCACUCUCGGCGGCGGCGCGCUCUCUUCUCAGGCCCCCAUGCAGGCCCCGCCCCGACUCGUCUCUCACAGGUUCUCGCGAGAUUUGAGGCCGUUGGGCCGGCCCGGGCGGCUGCAAUAUGGCGGAGGCGGAAGGGGAGAGCCUGGAGUCCUGGCUGAUGCCCAAAUCUUGGUGAUGUCUGUGUCGGGGACGCACACACUUGAACAUCUUAACGAGUCAUUCAUAGAUAAGGCCACCAAUCCUUCCAACCGCCAGGAGGACUGGGAAUACAUAAUUGGCUUCUGUGAUCAGAUCAACAAAGAGCUUGAAGGGCCACAGAUCGCUGUCCGAUUGCUGGCCCAUAAGAUCCAGUCUCCGCAGGAAUGGGAGGCGGUCCAGGCCCUGACGGUGCUGGAGGCGUGCAUGAAGAACUGUGGGAGGAGAUUUCAUAAUGAAGUGGGAAAGUUCCGGUUUUUGAAUGAAUUAAUCAAAGUCGUCUCUCCAAAGUAUCUGGGGGACAGGGUGUCUGAGAAAGUGAAGACCAAGGUUAUCGAGCUGCUUUACAGCUGGACAUUGGCCCUGCCAGAAGAAACCAAGAUCAAGGAUGCUUACCACAUGCUGAAGAGACAGGGCAUCGUGCAGUCUGACCCACUGAUCCCUGUGGACAAGACACUGAUCCCCUCUCCGCCACCUCGUCCCAAGAACCCUGUUUUUGAUGAUGAGGAGAAAUCUAAGCUUUUAGCCAAGUUGUUGAAAAGCAAAAACCCGGAUGACCUGCAAGAGGCCAACAAGCUCAUCAAGUCCAUGGUGAAGGAAGAUGAGGCGCGGAUCCAGAAGGUGACCAAGCGUCUGCACACUCUAGAGGAGGUUAAUAACAACGUAAAGCUGCUCAAUGAGAUGCUGCUUCAUUACAGCAAAGAGGAUUCUUCGGAGGCAGAUAAAGAGCUCAUGAAGGAGCUGUUUGAUCGGUGUGAGAAUAAGAGGCGGACAUUAUUCAAACUAGCCAGUGAGACAGAGGACAAUGACAAUAGUUUGGGGGACAUCCUCCAGGCCAGUGACAACCUCUCCCGGGUCAUCAACUCUUACAAAACAAUUGUUGAAGGACAGGUUAUCAACGGUGAAGUAGCCACAUCAGCCAUGCCAGACGCUGAAGGAAACCUCUCUAGGAACCAAGGCGCUCUCAUCGACCUUGCUGAGUUGGACACACCAAGCAGCUCAUCCUCAGUGUCGGCCGCAGCCCCUGCCCCACUGUCCUCUGGCAUCCCUAUUCUCCCCCCACCCCCCCAGACCUCAGGACCUGGACGCAGCCGCUCAUCCAGCCAGGCUGAGGCCCCCCCGGGACCCAGCAGCACAGGCAACGCCCUCUGCCUGCUGGACGAGGAGCUGCUCUGCUUGGGCCUCGCCGACCCAGCCCCCACUGCUCCUCCCAGAGAGCCAGCUGCAAACAGCCAGUGGCCCCUGUUCCAGAACGAGCAGUCGGACCUGGACUUCUACAGCCCCAAGCCUGGGAGUGCUGCCUGCAGCCCCUCAGACGGACCUCUUCUCCCGCCCUCAGCACCCUCUGCAGGCAGCUCCCAGGCCCCGCUGCCUUCUCCCUUCCCAGCUCCUGUGGUUCCAGCCAGUGUGCCUGCACCCAAAGCAGGCUCCUUCUUGUUCCCGACUGGACUGGCCCCAGCCCCAUCCCCAAAGACUGAGUCCACAGCCCUUGGGUACCAUGGCUCGGCUUUGGGCGAUAGCACCCUACCGCAGCUGGAUGCCCUCGAUCAUCUUCUUGAAGAGACCAGAGUGACCUCAGGCCUCAUGAAACCCGUCUCUUCCAUCUUCUUCCCUGGGGCCACCACGUCCCCUCUGAUCCCCACCAGCACCACUGCUAGGCCUCUCCUCCCCUUCUCCCCAGGGCCUGGCAGCCCUCUCUUCCAGCCGCCUGCCUUCCAGUCCCAGGGCAGCCCCUUGAAGGGGCCAGAGCUCUCCCUGGCCAGUGUCCACGUCCCCCUGGAAUCUAUCAAACCUAGCGGCGCCCUCCCUGUGACGGCCUAUGAUAAAAACGGCUUCCGCAUCCUCUUCCACUUUGCCAAGGAGUGUCCGCCUGGCCGGCCUGACGUGCUGGUGGUGGUGGUGUCCAUGCUGAAUACGGCUCCCUUGCCUAUCAAGAGCAUCGUGCUGCAGGCCGCAGUGCCAAAGUCGAUGAAGGUGAAGUUACAGCCACCCUCUGGGACAGAGCUGUCUCCAUUUAGCCCCAUCCAGCCACCCGCAGCCAUCACCCAGGUCAUGCUGCUGGCCAACCCGCUGAAGGAGAAGGCGAGGCUUCGGUAUAGGCUGACCUUUGCCCUGGGAGAGCAGCUGAGCACAGAGGUGGGCGAGGUGGACCAGUUCCCUCCCGUGGAGCAGUGGGGUAACUUAUGACCCCAGAGGACUCCGUGUCACCACAGUGAAGCCCAGGCAGGCUGCCACGAGACAGGAGGGCUGCCUGGUCCAGUCAUCCUCCACGUCCUGACCGCAGUGCUUGGAGCUUGGAUAUGGAACAGGGGCUGUGGGCAUCACUGCUGGGAGCCGAGCUCUGCUGUGAUGCUCUCUCCCUUGGCCCCCUAAAAGGACCUGAUUUUUGUCUACCUGUGUGACUUGAACUGGCCAUGUACUGUCAGGGGUGCGGAGGGGCCCCAGACUCUGCACUAUGGCCCUGAGAACAUGGACCCAAGGCGGGAGCAGGCAUUUCCCCUCAUGCUGGCAUCCUGAUGCUAUGGGGGGGGGGGGCGGUCUCUAAAGAGACUUGGGACUCUCCCUCAAGGACCACAUCCUCACACCCCUGGAGGCCUCAGUGCCCCCCAUCACUACUCUGUGCUUCCCCUGCUGGCAGGCUCCUGCUCCCACCUCCAGGGAGGUAGGCAAAAGCCCAGUGCUCCUGAAUGGCCCUGGGCACUGAGUAAGUUGGUGUACUGCCGAAUCUCCCAACUCUGCCUUCCGUGGGCAGCAGCAUCCUGGAAUGGCCACUGGGUGAUGAGUUAUGUGCUUGUCUCUGGUGGUGGCAGGCUGUGUCCUAUGGACAUCUCAGCAGGAUGGGGAACUAGCCUGUUAGAAACAGAACUUGGCCUUGUGGCAGUCAAAACUAGGGAUACAAAGAAAAUGGAAGAGAACCAUUAUUUCCCCUUCUCUGGAAGCAGGUACUCAUAGCUUUCUGGGGAAAGUGUGCCUCCUGCCUUGGGAACAGGCCAUCCUACUCACUACCUCUUGCUUGGCAUGAAAUAAACUGCUCUUCUGCCCUUCGAGUCUCUGAAGGGGAGAACAACUCCCAUCACCCUCUGCGUCCUCCUGCUUGGGCCUCCCCCUCUUCCACCAGAUGGCCUGUGGUGUGGCAUAUGUUUGGGAACUGGAGGCCUCAGGGUCAGGCAGAUUGCACUAGACUUCUAUCCUUACCUGCUGCCCAGGAACCUUGACUAUCCCCAGCUGCUGAGGGGCAUGGCCAGUGAGAUACGGGGUCUGGAGGUGGUGAGAUUAGGGGCCAUGCCUGAAUCGAGUCACCAGACCCUAUUGCUUUGACUGCUCAGCUCCAAAAAUCUUGUCCCGGUUGCUCCAUCUACCGGGUACAACUGGGCCAGGGACUGUAGGCCUCACAGGGCACCAGGCAAGUGAGACUCACCAGCUGAGGAAAGAGCACACAGCUCACCUCAGCUCAGCUGGAUGGCACUGAGCCAUCUCUGGGGAAAGGUGGCAGAGGCCACACUCCCUAAUCCCUCUCUGCACUUUGCCAGGUUUCCUUACUCUAGCCCUUUCCCCUCUAUCUCGAGCAAGCAGGUUUCACUGCUUCAUUAGGACAGGUCGAAAGUGACUCAGUUUCACUACUUAGGAAAGAAAUCCAAGAGCUUUCCAGAGACUGGCUGCUUGCAGCCCUGGGAAGGUUUGUGGGAUUACUCUAUGGAAAUACACCUUUAUAAUAAGCUUUAGACAUUAAAAUUAUCUGAGUGUUACUACUGAGGUCACUGCUUUGUGACAAAUGGCUGUAUACAGUAUACCAACUCUGCUGCCCUUGUUUUGCUGCAUGUUAAAUAAAAAAUCAUUUCUGCCCUAC